AUGCGACAAGUGCACAGAAAGAAGCGUAUGUGGAAUGGCACACGGACGACGCAAAGGCAGCAAAGUCUUAUAGCAAAUGCACUAAGUAAACCUGUUGCAGAACCCGUCUUAACGUGCAAGAAUGCUAAAGAAAUCUGGGACAAAUUACGCGCCCGAUUUGAACGUAGCAGUACUCAGCGUUUGAAUAUGUUGAUUGAAACAUUUUUCCGUGUUAAACGUGAUGAAACGGAAGAUAUUAGUGCACAUGUGGCCAAACUGCAAAAGUUAUUUGUGGACCUGAACGAUGAAUUAGCCAAACAUGAAGAAAAUAUGCUAUCUGAAAGAAUUUUAAAUUGUCGAAUUUUGUCUACACUGGGAAAAGACUACGACAAUUUUAAGGAUCUCUGGGAUACGAUACCGACAGAAAAGCAAAGCUUGAAAUUAUUGAUUGAAAAACUCUGUACUAUUGAACUGCGUGAACAAGACAUUAAUGGAAGUGCAGCUUUUGUCGUUUCUAAAACAAGAAAACGGCAAACAAGUAAUCAGUAA